CGUGCACUGCUCUCUGCGUCUGUUGAGAUCGGCCUGAAGAAAGGGAAGGAUCUGGGAAGGUUCCUUUGAUUUGGUUCCCAAAAAUAACCAAACGGGUACCACAGAGGAUCAUUCUGCGUUUGUUGGGACGGUGUGACCAAACACACAGAAAAACUCCUGCUGAAGCAGCUGAGAUCCACGUGAUACUGUUAUAAAGAUGGCGUUUAUUAAAGAGGAGAGAGAAAACAUGAGGAUUGAAGAAACAUUCAGUCUGAAACAUGACCAAACUGAGGAACAAACAGAACUGAAGUUGCUAAAAGAAGAGAGGAGAGAACUGACAAUGACAGAAGAGAAAGAUCAAUAUGAGAGACUUGACUUCAUAACUGUGGAAACAUCCAUGCAGACUGAAACAUCUUCAUCACCAAAAAAAGUUCAGAACACCGAAUCAAACAGAUGCUUCAUCUGCCAUCAAUGUGGAAAGAGUUUCAAACAAAAAUAUAACCUUCAAAUGCACAUGAACGUUCAUACUGGAGUGAAGCCUUUCAAAUGCCAUGAGUGUGGAAAGAGAUUCUCACGUAAAGAAUACCUUAAACGCCACAUGAAACGUCACACUGGAGAAAAGCCAUUCACAUGUGAUCAGUGUGGAAUGAGUUUCAUACAUAAAGUAUCCUUUGAUUACCACACAAAGAGAGAGAACUCAGGUGAUAACGGUUUUACAUGUAAACGGUGUGGAGAGAGUUUCAGUUGUAGAGGAAAUCUCAAAAAUCAUACGAGACUUCACACUGGAGAGAAUCCUUUUACCUGCAAUGUGUGUGGGAAUAGCUUCACAUAUAAAACACACUUUGAUACCCACAUGAGAACUCAUACUGGAGAGAAGCCUUUUACCUGCAAACUGUGUGGGAAAAGCUUCUCGCGCAAAGGAUCUCUGAAGACUCACAUGGUCGUUCACACUCGAGAGAAGCCGUUUCCAUGCAAUCAGUGUGGAAAGUGUUUCAGGCAUAAAACAACCCUUGAUUCACACCUGAAAUGUCACACUGGAGAGAGUCCUUACAUCUGCAAAUUUUGUGGGAAGAGCUUCUCAGGUAAAUCAACCCUUAAUGCCCACAUUAGAAACCACACUGGAGAGAAGCCCUUUAACUGCAAACUGUGUGAGAAGAGCUUCACACAAAAGGGAAAUCUUAAGAUUCACAUGUCAAUUCACACAGGAGAGAAGCCUUUUGUGUGUGCUCAGUGUGGAAAAAGUUUUUCACGUGAAACAAACCUUACUUACCACAUGAGGAUUCACUCAAAAGAGUAUAAUUGUCAGCAGUGUGGACAGAGAUUCCCAGACAAGAGACGCCUUAGUUGGCAUGAAAAAGUUCAUUUUCGAGAGUCGUUCAUGUGCCAUGAAUGUGGAAAGAGUUUCAGAUUUAAAGGACAAUUUAAGGUCCAUAUGAGAAUCCACACUGGAGAGAAACCUUUCACCUGCACUCACUGUGGAAAAAGUUUCAAUCAGAAAGUAACACUUCAGAUUCACACGAGGCUUCACACUGGAGAGAAACCAUUUGCCUGUCUUCAGUGUAAGAAGAGCUUCACAUAUAAAAGAGACCUGAAACGUCAUUUGCAAACACAUACUGGAAAGAAGCUGCAGUUCUCUGUGAGCGGAAAGAGGCUUAGAAAAAGGAGCAGUUUGAAAGAUCAAAAGCACGAUCGCUCUGGAGGAAGGCAGUUUAAUUGUGACCAGUGUAAUAAAACAUUUCUUUUGCCAUCACACUUACAAAUACACCUGAAAAGUCAUGCAGAUGUGAAACCAUAUUUGUGUUCUUCGUGUGGAAAGCGUUUUAAAUGGCUCAGUAGCUUAAAAUGGCACCAGAAAAUACGUAUCUGUGUGAAAUUAAAGCUACGUUCUCACCGCAGCCGAAAGUGACCCAAAUCUGAUCAUCCACCUUUGACAAUUUGCAUUGUUCUCCUCUAGAUAGACUCUUCUA